AACAAAAAAAAGGAAAGCCGAAGCCUUUAGAAGCGUUGGCAUUAUUUUUGUACACAAUAUUCCCACUUGCACUCCCUCUCUCUGUGUACCCUCCGCAUCGAGAAGGGAGCUAAACAAAGGAAGAAAAAACAAUGGCUUCUCCGGUGACACUUCCGAUCUCCAGUCCGCAAUCUACGGGUACUACCGGAUCUCAAUCUCAGGCCCCUAUCUCCACUCCCGCAUUCCGUUCAUUCAUAUCCCGUCUUUCAUCUUCGAUCCGUCAAGGUUUCGCUCAACGCCGCCCUUGGUUGGAACUUCUCGAUCGCACAUCAUUUGCCCGUCCUGACUCCGUCGCUGAAGCAGCCUCACGCAUCCGCAAAAACUUCUCCUACUUUCGCGUCAAUUACGUUACCCUACUUGCUGGCGUACUUGCUCUCUCCCUUCUAUCUCAUCCUUUUUCUCUUCUUGUCCUUCUUGCUCUCCUCGGGGGAUGGUUUUUUCUCUAUCUGUUUAGACCUUCAGAUCAGCCCGUUGUUAUCUUUGGCCGUACUUUCUCUGAUCGUGAAACUUUGGGGAUCUUAGUGGUAUUCACCAUUGUUGUGGUGUUCCUCACCAGUGUUGGAUCCCUGCUUAUCUCUGCUCUUCUUGUUGGAUUGGCUAUUGUUUCUGCUCAUGGAGCUUUUAGGGUUCCUGAAGAUUUGUUCCUUGAUGAUCAAGAGCCGGCCAACGUUGGAUUCCUGUCGUUCCUCGGUGGUGCUGCUUCAUCUGCCGCCGCUGCUGCUGCGCCGGCUGUUGCUGCUCGUGUGUAGUCGGAUCCAUUUGAUUUGGACACAUGAUUAUGAGAGGAGGGGAAUGUGAGAUGUUUAAGAUGAUCCUGUGUGGAGUUAUGCUGGAAUGAGAAGAAGAGAAAGAGAUGGAGUUGAGGGAGAAACAAUAUGUGAACACUAACCUCUCAAGGAAGAUUAUGUUUAUGGUAGCACUAGUCUUCUGCACUUCUGUUGCAGAUAUAUAUAUAUUUUUUUUCUGGAGAUGUUUGCAGAUAGACAAGUUGUUUCUUAACCGUUUUUUAGCCUUAUCUCGAUUUUCACAGUAAUGUGAAGUUUUAAGUUUGUCUUUCGUCGUGGAUAAAUUAGCUAUAAAGGUAGAGUGUGUGAGAGAGAGACCCCGUUGUCUUUGACUCUGUUUUGUAUGCAUUUAUUUCUUCAUGAAUUUCUGAUUGAUCUGUUUCGAUGACCAGCUGGCUGUAUUUAUGAAAGUUGAAUGAUUGUU